AGAUGAUGGAUGAUGUAGUAGAUCGACCAGCAGACGGAGUUGGUAAUUCAAAACGAAGCGGGAGUCCUAAGUAUAACGAGUGCAUUAAGGUCCCGCGUCCGGCUUUGGUUUUUGAUCCAAAAAGCGGAUCUCUUCCAUUGUUGUUGCUGUCUCUAGAAGAGAGCGGUUGUCGUGUGUACAACCCUGACGAAGACAAGGUUUACGAGACGAAGAGUGACUUUUCAGGGUAUCGAUUCCUAGCAAACUCGGGUAAGUGGUUCCUGGUGUUAGAUGAAUCUCGAUCGGAUCUCUAUAUCGUAGAUGUGUUUAGCGAGGAGAGGAUCAAUCUUCCGGCUCUAGAGUCAAUCAAGGGUGGCCUUUACAAGGUUGAGCGAGUAGGAGAUAAUGAAUUCACCGUUGAUUUAAUUAAACCUUACAUGCGUGGUGCUUCGCGUCCUAACACUACCAAAUAUCUGAGAGGUCUUUUGUGGGUAGACGACAAGAAGAAGAAUGGAGUCGACUAUGUUGUUGUGUGGCAAUUUCAGGAAGGCCAGUUUUUAGGCUUUUGCAGGAAUGGGGAUUUCCAUUACCGCGAUAUUCCAAUACGGAACAGGGUCCAUGUUCCCAGGGAGUUCCGAGGCCUACAAGAUGUGGUGCUCAAAGGUCACCGUCUUUACUACCUGUCGCACCGUUGCUACAUUCGAGAACUGGAUUUGUCUGGACAAGAUGGUUUCAAGGAUGUGUAUUCGCUCCCUAGCUUUGAAAUGUGGAAGCCAUCUAGGCGGCCUAGUGGUGAUUUGGGAAUAACGGGAGUAAAAAAGCUUAUCUCAUCUGGUGAUAGCAUUGCUGUUACAACAUCAGGAGACGUUUUGUUGGUCUAUACCAAGGCUUACGAGCCUGUCUGUGAAAGCUCUAGGAUCUUCCGCGUCUUCAAGAGUGAUCCUAAGGACCGGAACUCCACCCUUGUUGAGGUUGAAUCUCUAGGUGAUGAGGCCCUGUUUUUCGAUUUGGGUAUCACCGUGCCUGCUGACCCUACCCUUGGUAUUGAGCCAAACUCCAUCUAUUUCACCCGUAAUGACCGUUUCGGUCACCCGCAUUGUUAUAUUCCAUGCCUCGACAUAUGUGUGUACAAUAUUGCAACAAGGUCCAUCAAACGCUUCCUCAGUGGCUCCACCUUAAAACUCAAGGAUGCGCAGUGGUUUCUCCCCUCAGCUUGAUUUGGUGUUUUCAAGAGUUUCUCUUGCGCGGUCAUUUUCCUGUGACCCUCAGACGCCUCUCCAUGAUUUCUCCCUCAGUCCUUGCUUUGUUUCUUUGUAUCCUCUUUUUCU